AUGGAUGUUGUACUCAAUGAGCAUAUAUUCCCAUUUGCUAAGUCUUCCUCAUUGCAUCCUGUUAAUGUUCUUUCUAUAUGGAGUGUAUCAUUUGAUCAUGAACCAUUACAGGGACAUGCUGCAGAUCAUACACUUGAACUAUUGCAUACACCUGCUGCAGAUCAUGCACCUGAAGAAGGCAACAUUGUUGAUGUUGCAGUAUUUGAACCUCAGCAAGCUGAACAUGAUGAGUAUACAAAAAAUGAUCCUGCACCAGGCCAAUCUCUGUAUGUUGAAUACAUAGAGGGAGACUUAUAUGAAGAAGUAUAUAUGAAAAUGCCUAAAGAUUUUCGAAGACAGGGGGAGACUAAGUCACCCAUGCAGUCUCACUGGGAAGCAGCAAUAAGAGUUGUAAGGUAUAUCAAACUGGAUCCAGGAAUGGGAAUUCUGCUGAGCAGUAAAAGUGGAAACAGUCUGACUUGCUUUUGUGAUAAGUCUAAGAAGCAACAGACAAUGUUUAGAAGCUCAGCAGGAUCAGAAUAUAGAAGUCUUGCAACAACUACUGCAAAAGUAGUUUGGCUACUUGGGUUGUUCACAGAGCUUGGUAUUUCAAUUGAGCAGCCUGUGAGUGUGUUUUCUGACAGUAAGGCAGCCCUACAGAUUGCAACCAAUCCUAUAUUUCACGAAAGGACAAGCAUAUAA